CUAAAACUUCAGUUUCUCAUUUAUCCCAAAAACAGAAUUUUCAUUCUCUCUCCUAAAAAACUACCCAUUAACUUAUGUUAGUCACACAACACACUAAAAGUUCAGUUUCUUAUAACCCAUUAACUAGUUAGCUCAUAGCCGAAUUUAAAUAUUUUCUUCUGCAGAAAACAAUGCAGCUUUUUGUUUUCAAUUUCUAUGGAACCACCUUUCUUGUUAUUUACGGUAUGGUUUUUAUUAUGGGGAUUGUAUUGGAAUUAGGAGCCGCCCCUGCUCCUGCACCUGCACCAUUGCUGCCUCCAUCGGAAGCAAAUGCUAUACUCAACAGUGGAUGGUGGAAUCUAUCACAGUUAGAUUCACACAAUAUCUGUUCAUGGUGUGGUAUAGGUUGCAACGUCGCUGGAAGUAUAACUGUCAUCGGAUGUCCAUGUUAUACACCGGGUACACCGGGGAUUCGAUUAGCAACACUAAACCUCUCUGUUUUCAAGAAUUUAGAAAUGCUUGAUGUCUCAAACUGUGGACUACAAGGGACUAUCCCAUCUGAUAUUGGUAAUCUCCCUAAACUCACUUAUCUUGAUUUGUCCGAUAAUUCUCUUCAUGGUGAAAUACCUCGUGAGUUGUUAUUUCUAAGAAAUCUAACUCGGUUAGAUUUGUCCAAUAAUUCUCUUCAUGGUGAAAUACCUCCUUCAUUGGCAAAUCUUACCCAAUUAGAGAGCCUAAUCAUAUCUCACAACAAGUUUCAAGGCUCAAUUCCUGAGUUGUCGUUUCCAAAAUAUCUUACUGUCUUAGAUUUGUCCUAUAAUUUGCUUAAUGGUGAGAUACCUUCCGCACUGGCAAAUCUUAUCCAAUUAGAGAGCCUAAUCCUUUCUAACAACAAAUUUCAAGGCCCCAUUCCUGGUGAGUUGUUGUUUCUAAAAAAUCUUGCUUGGUUAGAUUUGUCCUAUAAUUCACUUGAUGGUGAGAUACCUCCUGCACUGGCAAAUCUUACCCAGCUAGAGAACCUAGACCUUUCAAACAACAAAUUUCAAGGCCCCAUUCCUGGUGAGUUGUUGUUUCUACAAGAUCUUAAUUGGUUAGAUUUGUCCUAUAAUUCACUUGAUGAUGAGAUACCUCCUGCACUGAUAAAUCUUACCCAGUUAGAGAGGCUAGACCUUUCAAACAACAAAUUUCAAGGCCCCAUUCCAGCGGAGCUUGGACAUUUGCAUCAUGUCAGCGUGAACCUUUCAUUCAAUAAUUUGAAGGGUCCCAUUCCAUAUGGUUUAAGUGAGAUUCAGCUAAUAGGGAACAAGGAUGUAUGUAGCGAUGAUUCCUAUUACAUAGAUAAAUAUCAAUUCAAGCGUUGUUCUGCCCAAGACAACGAAGUAAGGCUCAAUCAGCAGCUGGUCAUAGUUCUCCCUAUCCUCAUUUUUCUAAUCAUGCUCUUCUUACUACUCGUGUGUCUGAGGCACACUCGCAUUGCAACUAAGAACAAACAUGCAAACACAACGGCAGCCACUAAGAAUGGGGACUUAUUCUGUAUAUGGAAUUAUGAUGGAAACAUAGCCUAUGAAGACAUCAUUAGAGCAACCCAAGACUUUGACAUGAGAUAUUGUAUUGGAACAGGUGCCUAUGGGAGCGUUUAUAGGGCACAAUUACCAAGUGGCAAGAUUGUUGCCGUGAAAAAACUCCACGGAUUUGAAGCAGAGGUGGCAGCUUUUGAUGAGAGUUUCAGAAAUGAGGUCAAAGUAUUGUCAGAAAUAAAGCAUCGACAUAUUGUGAAGCUCCAUGGAUUCUGCUUGCACAGAAGAAUCAUGUUUUUGAUAUAUGAGUACAUGGAGAGAGGCAGCUUGUUUUCAGUGUUGUUUGAUGAUGUGGAAGCCAUGGAAUUGGAUUGGAAAAAGAGGGUUAACAUUGUGAAAGGCACUGCACAUGCUCUGUCCUAUCUUCAUCAUGACUUCACUCCUCCAAUUGUGCAUAGAGACAUAUCAGCCAGCAAUGUCUUGCUUAACUCAGACUGGGAGCCCCGUGUUUCAGACUUUGGCACAGCCCGAUUCCUUAGCUUUGAUUCAUCCUAUCGAACUAUAGUUGCUGGAACCAUUGGGUACAUAGCCCCAGAGCUUGCAUAUAGUAUGGUUGUGAGUGAAAGGUGUGAUGUGUACAGCUUUGGAGUGGUGGCACUCGAAACUUUGGUGGGAUCGCAUCCUAAGGAAAUACUCUCAUCACUUCAAUCAGCAUCUACUGAGAAUGGCAUCACAUUAUGUGAAAUAUUGGACCAACGCCUCCCACAGCCAACAAUGUCAGUUUUAAUGGAAAUAGUUAGUGUUGCCAUAGUUGCAUUUGCGUGCUUAAAUGCCAAUCCUUGCUCUCGCCCAACAAUGAAAUCGGUCUCUCAAUGUUUUCUUACUCAGCUUACACCAUUAGACAUUCCUUUGCGUGAGAUUUCAUUGCAGCAGCUCAUGAGUCAAGAACUCAGGCAUUAUUUAAAUUUGUGAACUCCUGAAAGUGAAACUUCUAGUUAAU